AUGGCUGAAGCUUUAGGUCGAUCCAUAAAAGCUCUCCAACAAGAUAGUCAUUGGGUUGGAGUUAAUGUGGCAAUAGGAAUUGAAAAAAUGACUCAUCUUCAAUUUGCUAAUGACACCAUUCUAUUUGGUUCAGCCUGUAGGAGGGAAGCUAGAACAAGAAAAAAUUUCCUUGAUGAUUACUAUUUGGCUUCCGGUCAGAAAAUCAACUGGCACAAAUCUGAAGUGUUUUUUGUCAACACUCCGCUCAACUUGCAAGCGACCAAUCCAAGGGUGGGGGUGAUUUGGGAAGCGCCAGAGGUUGGGUGGAGCAAGGUAAACUUUGAUGGUGCUUCUACAGGAAAUCCGGGCCAAACUGGUAUUGGUUGCAUUCUGAGGGACUCUGAUGGUCUUUGUAUAAAAGAAAUCUCUGAAAAGAUUGGAGUGGCUACUAAUAAUGAAGUGGAAUUCAGAGUGACAUUAAGAGGUCUUCAGCUAGGGAAGGAACUAGGGGUGCAGAAAAUUCAUUUGGAGGCUGAUUCACUAAAUGUCAUUAAUGUGAUCCAUUGCAAUAGCAUCCCUAGUUGGCACCUUAACCAGUGGAUUCAAUCGAUCCUGGCGCUGCUAGCUACUUUUGAUGAAUUUUGGAUUAGCCAUAUCUACAGAGAAGGGAAUGGUGAAGCCGAUAGACUUUUGAAAUUGGCUUUAGUCAUUAGUGACCCCUCCUGA